AUGGUUAAUUACGACUUCAUUGAUAUGACUCUAGCUGCUAAAAGAAAGGUCCAAUGCAGAACCCAGAAUCAACACUAUGAUGCAGCAGAAGAUUCAACAUCAUCACUCAAAUACUUGUACCCUCAACACAUCUCUAAGAAUAGAAAGAUACAAAAGUCCAUGAAGAAUAAUAAGAAGUUCCUCAGUAAUUAUUUCGUCUUUGACAAGACAGAGUGGGGAAAAUUGUCAUGGGAAAUUCAUGAUGGACAUCAUUCAUCUUCUGUUCCACCAGAUGAGAGAAGUAGCGAGAGUCAAACCUUUGCAAGGCAGUAA